UCACUGUAACCAUUUCCGGGGACUGUGAACUCUCUUCAUACACACGUGUGGAGUGUUUCUGAAAAUAUAGCAGAUCUGACAACAUUAUUAGAGCUAUAUUAUUUCAAGGCUUUUGUCGGAUUUCGUUUUUAUUCCUGUGAACAUGUGACGUUCUGCAGCCUUUGUUUUUAUACCCUUCUUCAUUCUCCAGUUUCCAGUUCACAAGAGUGGUACCGUGAAAUUUCGAUUGUAUUUUUUGUUUGCGCCAGGAAAUAUGGCCAGCCUUGCUGCAAAGUAUGAUUACUUGGAGAAGUUGACCCAUAAAGUAUGUGUAUCCCAAAACAAGGAGCCAAAGAAAAGACCCUAUGUUCCGUUCCGAGGUAAUGGGGUAAAUGAUGGUGCUCCUCCCAAGAAGAUAAAGAACAACAAGCAGAAGCCAGUAAAAGGAAAUAGUAUAAGCUCAAACAAAAAGAAACCAGUGCCAAAGACCACUCAGCCUGCAGCACCUCCAGCACAGAGAAAAACAGUUCAGAAUGGGACCUCUGAGACAAAAAAGAAGCCUGAGGGUGGAACAUCACAGGAAUUUAAUGCUGUAGACAUUCUUCGUCAGAGGCUUCACCAGAAGAUUGAGGAGUCUCGUGGACAGGGCACUCCUAAAGAUCCCUCCUCAGAAGAAGUAAAGAAGAAACGGGAGAAACGAAAGCAAGAAAGGGAGCGUCGGAAGAGAAAAAGGAAAGAAUUUAGAAUGAAAAAGUUUGCAGAGAGUGCAGACUUGCAGGCAGGAGAAGAGGACAAAAAAACAGAAAUGCCCCAACCCCAGGCUAACUCUACGUCAAGCAAGCCCGCCAAAGAUGAGCAGAGCUCCAUGGUCUUCAACAAGGUGGAUGUUGGGGAAGAGUAUGUGGACAAAGGAACAAAGUUGAUGCAGAAGAAAAAGAAAAGAAAAGUAAAAGGAACGCUGACUCCACUCACUGGGAAGAACUAUAAGCAGCUUUUAACACGCGUUGAGGCGAGGAAAGCUCACCUGGAGCAACUUAGGGAGAAGGAUGAAGGCAAAGCAAAAAAAGAGGAAGAGAAGAUGAGGUGGACCAAUAUUCUCUACAAGGCUGAAGGUUUCAAGAUCAAAGACAAUGAGAACCUCUUGCGUGCAUCCGUGAAGAGGAAGGAGAAAAUGAAGGCUCAGAGGAAAAAGAAGUGGGCAGAGAGGAGUGAGCAAGUGGUGGAAAAGAUGCAAAAGAGACAAGACAAGAGGCGUAGGAAUAUUCAGAAACGCAAGCAGGCCAAAGUGGAAAAGCGCAAAGAGAAGGCAAGAAAAAAAGGUUGUGUGCUGGCUGAGGAUCUAAAGAAGGCCAAUGUGUAGGCGGAAAGGGAGACGAGGUGAAGAUAUGUGUAAGGUGGAAAAGACAAUGGAAAGACAUAAAACAAAUGGGAAUUUUGGCUGUUGAAAAUAAAAAGACUUUGCUUCAUGGUCGGGUUGCCCCCUUAUAUUUUCCUUGUGCCCCCACAGUCAGAUGGCGAAACAACUAAGAGAGACCUCCCUGGUCAGCCAAAAAGAGAACCUACUGCCCAGCCUCAAGGUCAAUAUGCCCCUGCCCCCCUUUGCUUUGUGCAGCGUUCCUCUUUAGACUACCAUGAAACAGUAUAUUACACCUAGAUAAAAUGUCAUUGUGAAUAAAUGUUGUCUUCACUUUUAAGAUUUCAGAUUUAUAAAGAGCAUAUUUUGUGUUCA